CGAUUCUUCCGGCGAACCAUGUGGUUUUGGUCAUGUUGAGCUUUCACGUACCUAAAAAUAGGUGGACACAUGUCGUCACCCUCUUAGAUAUAGGAUUUAGCAGAGACUAACGGCCACGAUUUGUUUAGAGUCAAGCGAUAUAAAGCAAAGCUCCUUUCAUUUUUUCAGAAAUUUUGAACCCAUUAAUUCAAGGCGGGGCGUUUCAGGAUCCGAUUUCAAGUUUUGUUCUUCGUUAAAAUUCACCAGAUAGAGACUGAAGAAUGGCUGACGGUGAAGACAUUCAACCGCUAGUUUGUGACAAUGGAACGGGAAUGGUUAAGGCUGGAUUCGCGGGUGACGAUGCGCCAAGAGCGGUUUUUCCAAGCAUUGUAGGCCGUCCUCGCCACACGGGUGUGAUGGUUGGGAUGGGACAAAAGGAUGCUUAUGUUGGAGACGAGGCUCAAUCAAAACGUGGUAUUUUGACUCUCAAAUACCCAAUUGAGCAUGGAAUUGUUAAUAAUUGGGACGACAUGGAGAAGAUUUGGCAUCACACUUUCUACAAUGAGCUUCGUGUUGCCCCUGAAGAACAUCCGGUUCUCUUAACCGAAGCUCCUCUCAAUCCGAAAGCUAACCGUGAGAAGAUGACUCAAAUCAUGUUUGAGACAUUUAACACUCCUGCUAUGUAUGUUGCCAUUCAAGCUGUUCUCUCACUCUAUGCCAGUGGCCGUACAACUGGUAUUGUUUUGGACUCUGGAGAUGGUGUGAGCCACACGGUACCAAUCUACGAGGGUUACGCUCUUCCACACGCGAUCCUACGUCUUGACCUAGCGGGUCGUGACCUCACAGACCACCUCAUGAAAAUCCUGACAGAACGUGGCUACUCCUUCACCACAACUGCUGAGCGUGAAAUUGUAAGAGACAUGAAAGAGAAGCUCUCUUAUAUUGCUCUAGACUACGAGCAAGAGCUAGAGACUUCCAAAACAAGCUCGUCCGUUGAGAAAAGCUUCGAGCUUCCUGACGGACAAGUGAUAACCAUUGGAGCAGAGCGGUUUCGGUGUCCGGAAGUUCUGUUUCAGCCGUCAAUGAUCGGAAUGGAAAAUCCGGGAAUCCAUGAAACCACAUAUAACUCUAUCAUGAAAUGUGAUGUGGAUAUUAGGAAAGAUUUGUAUGGUAACAUUGUGCUAAGUGGUGGAACCACAAUGUUUGGAGGGAUUGGUGAUAGAAUGAGCAAAGAAAUUACGGCUUUGGCUCCAAGUAGUAUGAAGAUUAAGGUCGUGGCUCCACCGGAGAGGAAGUACAGUGUUUGGAUCGGUGGCUCUAUAUUAGCUUCACUCAGCACUUUCCAGCAGAUGUGGAUUGCGAAAGCAGAGUACGAUGAAUCUGGACCCUCAAUUGUGCAUAGGAAAUGCUUCUAAUCACAGUUCCUAAAAUCACCAAAGGAAGACAGAAGUAAAAGUAAAAGACAAACAGUAAAAAAAAAAACUGAGUAUUUUUUUUACAGCUUACAUUUUUCCAUCAUAUUUUCUAAUGUCUCCAUUUUUUUUUUUUUUUUUUUAAUAGUCUCUCUAUGUUAAUUUUUCCAACUAAGCAUACUUUUCUUUGAAGAAUGUCCACUCCCACAAUGUACUAUAAGCGAUAAAACUUAAUUAUAAUAUUUUCUUCUAUUAACUUAA